AUCUGCUGACAUAGUAGGGGAUGGAUCCUCACACAAAGCCGAGCUCCUGAACCUGACAGAGUUGGAACAGAGAUGCCAUUGAGAGCUCUCACUGCCGGCAUGAGGCAAGAUUGGCUCUGGGAUUGCUCACUGUUCUUCUUGAAGGAGGAGUGACUGGCCAGCGGCACCUGGAACCCAGCACCUAAGAGGUGAACCCAGCCGGACCUGAGGAGGAGCCUGUGUCCUGUGUUCUUGGGAAGCUGCUCACUGGGUCGAGAUGACCACAGCCACCACGUUGGGAGACGCUGUCUACUCACUGAACAUGACCAGGGGAGAGGACGCUCUGUAUAAGAGUUCUGGAGCCAUUGUGGCUGCCAUCGUGGUGGUUGUCAUCAUCAUUGUCACUUUGGUACUGAUCCUGCUGAAGAUGUACAACAGGAGAAUGAGGACCAGGCGGGAGCUGGAGCCCAAGAGCCCGAAGCCACCUGUCCCUCCUGCCUUGGAUCCAAACAGCAAUGGCAGCCAGCAUCCUGCUACUGUGACCUUCGACCCUGCUGAUGUCCACGUGGAGACUCGGUGACCCUGCCUUGGUGUCAUCCCUGCCUCUGCAAAGAGCUUUUAUGGCCUGAAAGCCCAUUCUGCUGGCAGCUUCACCGAGUUCUUUCUGGUUGGAUAAACUGAGGCACCUUUUGUACAGCCCCUGCAGCUUGAAGCCAUCCUCACCUGUGCACUGGCCACCCCAGCUAUGUCCGUGUCCCUGCUGCCACUCAACCAAAGCUCUGUGGACAUUCUUUUGUUAUCUGACGAGAAGCACUGUGCUGGGGAGACUAGUGUGUGAGUCUGGGUCUCACCCCACACAUGCUACAGCUAGACAGACAAACAGACAGACAGACAGACAUCUGAGUCUUGUCCUCAGGAAUCAGGGAGUGUUAAUAAGUGUGUCACCCAGGGAGCCACUGGGAGCAUCUCAGCUUAAGGACAUGUUCACAACUUUCUCAAUCCCAUAGCAAGGUGCAGGGAAACUAACUCGAACUAACCACAAAACCAACUUGGUAACGUCUAACUGACCCAGUACUAGAUGGCCACUCGGCAGCUCAUAAUAGCCAAUCAGCGUUCUCCCCCUUUAACAAAGGGUACAAGAGGCUGGACUUGGUGGCCUGUGCCUGUCAUUGCGGCACUCAGUAGA